UGAAACUCGGUGAAUGAGCAUAAACAAACGGUGUGGUGUGUGUGUUUUUACGAAUUAUUUUGUUUAAACUCACGUAACAUACACGCCUUUCUUAAAAUGGAUCCGACCACACAGUUCUUUAACAAGCUCCGGAAACUGGCGGUGACUCUUGAAACAGAAACGGACAAACUUCAGACCGCCUUUGAAAACCGCAACAACAACGACGACGAUGAUGACAGCGACACCAGAGCGAAAGCUAUGAGAGCUUAUCAUGAACUGAACUGUGACGUCAGGAACCUCAAGGGAGAGAUCCAGGGUCAGCUGACUGAGCAAAGAGCACAGUUAAAUGAAGUGUGCAGCUUCAUUAAGGCCUGUGGGGUGAUGGAACAGAGGGUCUCUGAAGAUAUCAAGAGACUAAAGACUCACUGGGAAAAUUAUGGCUACCAGGCUCCCAAAGACAUCCACAAAACGAAUAAGGUCAAAGGUCAAGAGUCAGAAGUUGAAGACAAAACAGGAGAUGAAAAUGAAAACAAGUCAACAGGAGAAGAAGAGGAUACUCAGGAGGAUGCAGAAGUGGACCAUUCCUCUGCAUCACCUCCAGCUCUAGGGGCACCACCCUGUGCAGACCCUCUGCGCACCCCACAGCUCUCUGACUUUGGCCUGUCUGAAAUGCAGCUGAAGAGAGCUCUGGUGGGGGCAGAGUGGUGCUCUGAAGCACCCCCUAUGCCUGAAAUGAGUCUUCCUCAUCCCUCACUUAACACACCUGCCCUUCCACCAAUGGCCAUUACUCCUAAACGUGCCCUGCGGAUGGAUGAAGAUGAGCUGCUGACACCUCAGAUGCAUGACUUUGGCAUCUCAGAGCACACAAUGUGUCUGAACAAUGACUUCACUAUGGACCUGCGGCGCAAGAAUGUUGAAAAAUCCCAAAGACCACCUGAGAACCUCCCUGAUCCACCUGUGAACCCUCUAGAGACCUUAGCAAUAAAAGUGUCCUCGACAGAUUUGGAGACUCCAGAGCCACCUGUGUUUUGCACCCCAGGGCUAAAGAUAAAAAAGACAAAGGUGUCCUCGACAGAUUUGGAGUCUCCAGAGCCACCUGUGUUUUGCACCCCAGGGCUAAAGAUAAAAAAGACAAACGGUCAGUGCCCCCAGAAUCCUCAGGAAAAUGGUGAUCCUGAAUCUCCUCAUUGCCAUGGAAAUCUCGCAACAACCCCUGAGGUCCCAGAAUUUAAAACCCCAUACAUGAACCGGCUGGUCAGCACCAAGAAGAGUGCACGAAAGCCUGAACCUAUUAAGAUGCAAAGCGAUGACGACAGCCACGUUUUUGACCUGCCAACACCCCCUUGUGAUGGAGCAGUUGCCUCUAAGCGUAACUGGGAGUAUGAUGUUCCAGACAUAUGCAUUGAAGGUGUGGAGGACAAGCAGAUGCCAGAGAUGCCGAAUCUGGAGUCUAAUUUGGGAAACUCUUUACAAAGAUGUGCAAAAAUGCCGAAAAUGUUGAGUGAAUGCGAGAAGGUAGCUAAAAAGCAGUCAGCCAACAACCUGGAUCUAGACGGACCGACCCAGGAAUUUAACUUGGGAACACCGUGUGUCAGACGUGUCUAUGAGGAGCCCAGCACCCCAGAGAUGCCAGACCUCAGCUCAGUGACCCAGGACAUCUGUAAACUUGUGUCCCAGGCUCAGCUGAAGAAGUCUACCACGUCAAUAGUUCACCCACAUUUGAGGCCAGAUAAAGAAAACACCAGUCCUCUUCCCAGAGCUGCGACUCUGUCUGUGGUGUCAGAGAACGAGUUUCAGGGUUUACCCAGCUACAUGAGGCAGAUGACUUUGCACAGCCUUAACCAAGCCGUCCAAAACAUCAAUACCUUCAUGACACAAUGUCGAGGAGAACAGACGGAGUUUCAGAUGGAGGAGAUGAGGAAGAUGAUCAACUUUGGAACAAAGACACCAGUGUUUAUUCUUUGUCUAACUGAACUCAAGAGGCUUGAUCAUGUCAAAGGAGCCAGAAACACCUCUGUGUUCAAGCUGAAUACACACACCUGAAGGCCACCCUGGUACAUAAACUGUACAUUCAAAAUACAUACAAAAACUCAGUCUGUAUAUGUUCAUGCUGUAUUUUGGAAGCAAGAUCAUAAGAAAUGCAGCAGUUUAAAUUGACACUACCACAGCCAUGCCAAACACAAGCUCACAUUUAGACUGUAAAUACUUAAAAUUGGCACUAUUUUAACAUUAUGCUGGAUAUUAAAUGACCUGGUAUGUUAUCUAAUAUGAUCACACAUGAUACAGAAAUUUAAUGUUUAUACAUAGACUUUAAUUUGCUCAAAUGGAAGUAAUACUUAA